GGGCCGGGUUGGCCGUGGCCGUGCAGUGGUAGGUGGAAUGUGUUGUGCGCCGGGGGGUCUGAGCGCGGGCGCAGAGCUUGGAGAGCGGGCUGUGCUCCGAGCUCAGGUGUUCGGGGCUGGGCUGCUCUGCUGUCUGUGAGCGUGGGAGAGGAGGCGGCUGUGCUUUGGUGCUGUAUGUGGUUUUAAACUUAGGAGUUUUAAUUAAAGAAUGAACUUUAACUUUUAUGAAGCACAGUAGUUUUCAUUUAUCCAUUAAUACAAUGCAUUACAUAUAUGCAUAGUUUUGAACAAGACUUCAGCCUACUUGAAGCAGUGGCGAUUACUGGUGAGCCAUGUCUUUCCAUUCUGGACGAGGAUGUCCCCGUGGGCAGGGGGGACCAGGAGCAAGAACUUCAGCACAGACGUAUCGUCCUCAGAACCUGCGGCAGCUUCACCCCCAGCAGCCUUCUGUACAGUACCAGUAUGACCAGCAAGCCGCACCUGCAGCUACCUAUUCAAACCCUUCAGCCACCAGUUACAUGCCUCCCAGGCCAGACUUUGUUCCAUAUCCCCCACCAGUUCCCCCUUCCACACAAAAUCCCAUCAACCAGUGUCCCAUGAGGCCACCGUUUCCAAACCAUCAGAUGAGGCAGAGCUUCCCAGUGCCUCCAUGCUUCCCUCCUGCUCCUCCACCAGUGCCAGCCCCUAGCAAUGCUCCCGUGCCAGCAACUGCUACUGGGCAGAGCACCUUUCCAUACAUGAUGCCUCCUCCCGCAGUACCCCAUCCUCCCCCACCACCAGUCAUACCACAGCAAGUCAACUACCAGCCUGUAUAUUCCACAGGGUAUUCCCAGCAGUCAUUCCCACCACCUAACUUCAAUAGCUAUCAGCACAACUCUGGCUCCUUUCAGAGCAGCACUACCAAUAGCAGCAGUGGCAGCAGCCAUUUUCGGCACACGGGUCAGUACCAGGGAGAAAAGUCACAAAGUGAUCGACGAUCUCCGGAGAGGAGCAAGCACUACGACGAGCACCGGCACCGUGAGCACAGUCACAUCCACGGUGACAGGCAUCGGUCCAAUAACCACGGGGAUCGUCGGGAUCGAGGCCGCAGUCCAGACAGGAGGAGGCAGGAAAGCAGUCGACACCGGACUGAAUAUGACAGAGGAAGAAUGUCGCCUCAUCAUAGAAGUUAUGAGCGUAGCAGGGAGCGUGACAGGGAUAGGCAUAGGCACCGUGACAGCAGAAGAUCACCAUCGCCGGACAGGUCCUACAAAAAAGAUUAUAAAAGAGCAGGAAGCCGCUCUCCAAGUAGAGAAAGAAAGAGACCCCGAUGGGAGGAGGAAAGAGAAAGGUGGUCUGAGAGCCAGAGUGCCAACAAAGAAAAAAACUACACUAGUAUCAAAGACAAAGAGUCAGAGGAGAAUGCAUCUGAAAAAAAUGAAGAUGAAGAUGAUGAAUUACUUAAACCAGUCUGGGUUCGCUGUACCCAUUCUGAAAGCUAUUAUUCAAAUGACCCCAUGGAUCAAGUGGGGGACUCUACUGUGGUAGGCACAAGCAAGCUCCGAGAUCUGUAUGAAAAGUUUGAGGAGGAGCUAGGAAAACGACAGGCAAAGGCCAAAGCAGCCAGGCCACCAUGGGAGCCGCCGAAGACCAAGCUGGAUGAAGAUCUUGAGAGCUCCAGUGAGUCAGAAUGCGACUCGGAUGAUGACAGCAGCUGCUCCAGCAGUUCGGAUUCGGAAGUUUUUGAUGUCAUUGCAGAAAUUAAGCGUAAGAAAGCACACCCUGAUCGUCUUCAUGAGGAACUGUGGUACAAUGAUCCAGGACAGAUGAAUGAUGGACCGCUGUGCAAGUGCAGCGCUAAAGCCCGACGAACAGGGAUAAGACAUGGCAUUUAUCCUGGUGAAGAGCCCAUUAAACCAUGUCGCCCCAUGACCAACAAUGCUGGAAGACUGUACCAUUAUCGAAUUACAGUGUCACCUCCCACAAACUUCUUAACAGACAGACCUACUGUUAUUGAGUAUGAUGACCAUGAAUAUAUCUUCGAAGGAUUCUCCAUGUUUUCACAUGCCCCACUGACAAACAUUCCUCUAUGUAAAGUAAUCAGAUUUAACAUUGACUAUACAAUUCAUUUCAUUGAAGAGAUGAUGCCUGAGAAUUUUUGUGUGAAAGGUCUUGAGCUGUUCUCUUCUUAUCUAUUCAAAGAUAUUCUGGAGCUGUAUGACUGGCAUCUUAAAGGUCCUUCAGUUGAAAAUGAUUCUGUUUCCUGCCCCAGAUUUCACUUCAUGCCGCGAUUUGUGAGAUUUCUUCCAGAUGGAGGGAAGGAAGUACUGUCAAUGCAUCAGAUUCUUCUCUACUUGUUACGAUGCAAUAAAGCUUUGGUGCCUGAAGAAGAGAUUGCCAACAUGCUUCAGUGGGAAGAGCUGGAAUGGCAGAAAUAUGCAGAGGAAUGCAAAGGGAUGAUCGUUACCAGCCCUGGCAUGAAACCCAGCUCAGUUCGUAUUGAUCAACUGGACCGUGAACAAUUCAAUCCUGAUGUAAUUACUUUCCCCAUUAUUGUCCACUUUGGGAUACGACCUGCUCAACUCAGCUACGCUGGAGAUCCUCAAUACCAAAAACUAUGGAAGAGUUAUGUGAAGCUGCGUCACCUGCUAGCUAACAGUCCCAAAGUCAAACAAGCUGAUAAACAGAAAUUAUCACAGAGAGAGGAAGCACUGCAGAAAAUCCGGCAGAAGAACACGAUGAGACGUGAAGUGACUGUCGAGUUGAGUAGCCAGGGAUUCUGGAAGACGGGGAUACGCUCUGAUGUCUGCCAGCACGCAAUGAUGCUUCCUGUCCUCACCCACCAUAUUCGCUACCAUCAGUGUCUGAUGCAUUUGGACAAGUUGAUAGGCUACACUUUUCGAGAUAGGUGCCUGCUGCAGCUUGCCAUGACUCAUCCGAGCCAUCACUUAAACUUUGGAAUGAAUCCAGACCAUGCCAGAAAUUCCUUAUCCAACUGUGGGAUUCGACAGCCAAAGUAUGGGGACAGAAAAGUUCACCAUAUGCAUAUGAGAAAAAAAGGGAUAAACACCCUGAUAAAUAUUAUGUCCCGUUUGGGACAGGAUGAUCCAGCUCCUUCCAGGAUUAACCACAAUGAGCGUUUAGAAUUUCUGGGAGAUGCUGUGGUGGAGUUCUUAACAAGUGUCCACUUGUACUACCUGUUUCCCACUCUGGAGGAAGGAGGAUUAGCUACGUACCGCACUGCCAUAGUUCAGAACCAGCAUCUGGCCAUGCUGGCUAAGAAGCUGGAACUAGAUCGAUUUAUGCUUUAUGCUCAUGGUCCGGACCUUUGCAGGGAAUCGGAUCUCCGCCAUGCCAUGGCCAACUGCUUUGAAGCACUAAUAGGAGCAGUUUAUCUGGAGGGUAGUCUUGAAGAAGCCAAACAAUUAUUUGGACGGUUGCUCUUCAAUGACAAGGACCUGCGGGAUGUAUGGCUUAAUUAUCCACUACACCCACUCCAACUGCAGGAGUCUAAUACUGACAGGCAACUCAUUGAGACCUCUCCAGUUCUUCAAAAGCUUACGGAGUUUGAGGAGGCAAUUGGAGUCAUCUUUACUCAUGUUCGACUUCUAGCACGUGCAUUCACUCUGAGGACAGUAGGCUUUAACCACCUGACUCUAGGCCACAAUCAGAGGAUGGAAUUCCUGGGUGACUCCAUAAUGCAGUUGGUAGCCACAGAGUAUUUAUUCAUACAUUUCCCCGAUCAUCAUGAAGGGCACUUAACGCUGUUGAGAAGCUCUCUGGUGAACAACAGGACUCAGGCCAAAGUGGCAGAAGAGCUGGGAAUGCAAGAGUUUGCCAUCACUAAUGACAAGACCAAAAGACCCGUAGCUCUUCGAACUAAAACUCUGGCAGAUCUCUUGGAAUCCUUUAUUGCUGCCCUGUACAUUGAUAAAGAUUUGGAAUAUGUUCACACUUUCAUGAAUGUAUGCUUUUUUCCACGACUAAAGGAAUUCAUUUUAAAUCAAGAUUGGAAUGACCCUAAAUCUCAGCUUCAGCAGUGCUGCUUGACUCUCAGGACAGAAGGAAAGGAGCCAGACAUUCCUCUUUACAAGACUCUGCAGACAGUGGGACCAUCUCAUGCCAGGACGUACACUGUAGCUGUUUAUUUCAAAGGGGAAAGAAUAGGAUGUGGUAAAGGCCCAAGUAUUCAACAAGCAGAAAUGGGAGCUGCAAUGGAUGCACUUGAAAAAUAUAACUUUCCCCAGAUGGCCCAUCAGAAACGGUUCAUUGAACGGAAGUACAGACAAGAGUUGAAAGAAAUGAGGUGGGAAAGAGAGCAUCAAGAGAGAGAAACAGAUGAGACUGAAGAAGCAAGGAAAUAAAAGGAGGGCACGGAAGCAGUGGCAUAUUUACUUACCUAAUAACUCUGACUGUGGCCUAUGGAGACCUAACCUAGUUUUUUGCAGAUGAUGAAUGAGGAGUGCCUGUUGAUAUCAAAUAGAAAAUCAUAAUCCUUACUUUGAAGUGUGUAUAUAGUGUUUCUUUAGUUUGGUUUUAAGAAUCAGGUUUUUUUUCUUCUGGUAAGAUUUGUUUUUAAAUAUUAAUUUUUAUGAAAAGUUGUGGGAUUAUUUUUAUUCUUUUUGCUAUUAUGUAUGAAAUAAUAAAGUAUUAAUUUCAAAAGUCUGUAGGAGAAGAAGCUAUUUAGCAAGUCUCCUGUGUUGCAGUCUUGUGUCAAUUAUUGCAUGAACUUAAUUGUGGAGGAAGGAAAUGUGGUGACAUACACCAUCAGCAGAGAAAUUAAGUAUGUACCCAACUCCACUUUCGAAGGUAAAUGUAAUUUUAGACUCUCUAAACCACAACCAUAAACUUCUCGUUCUUUUACAUAGAUUGCUACAGUAAUCUAAGCCAAAGAGAUGUUCGCUUUUGUUCUAAACAUUUUUGAACUGUCUGUUCCACACCCGCACAGCGGCAUAGAUGUGUGAAAGGUGUUCUUUCAAGUCAGUGUUGUGAAAGCUUUGGUGGGGGGGGGGGGGGGGGGGGGGAGAAGAAAAUAAGGUAAUCUUGAAGUGAAAGAAUACCAAGUUUGUUUUUUGUGGAGAAUGUACAGAAUUUACACGUACAAGGUUAGUUUUGUUCUCACCUUACUGCUUUAUUGAAUUGGUUUCUAAGAGUAGGGCAGAAUUUGUACAAGAAAUGUAGUUCUAGUUCAUAGGUGGUGUAUGGUUUUAAGACCAGAACAACUGGGUCUGCUGACCUGCCUCUAUGUCAUCCGCUUUCUCAGUUUUGAAGUCUGAAGCUUGUGUAAGAUGUUUUUUUUUUUAAGGAAGGCUUUGCAUGGUCCCAAUUAAUGGAACAGCCACUAUGUCUACUGAUGCUUUUCCAACCAACUAUUGCCUUCAUAGUGGGCGUUUGUGUUUCUAUUUUUAAUUUGCCCGCUUCACGCCAUUCAUUUCUGUUCUGCUGAUUUGUGAGCUAAAAGAGUCACCUAGCACCUGUUGUGUAGUCAAGUCAUCUCUGCAUCUUCCUUUCAAGGAAAAAAAAGAUUGAAUUUGAGCACUGCAUUUUCUACCUUUUUCAGAUUUUUUUUUUUUUUUUUUUUUGGCAAUUCACUUAGGCGCCUUACCUGGUGUGAAUAACAAAUGUAUUUGAUAAGGCAGCCUGGCAGAUUCUUGAGCGUGGAUGCAUGAAUGUGGCCCAGAGGAUUCAUGUUGGGGUUCUGAAAAAAAAUCCCUUUUGCCCAAAUUGCCAUGCUACUCUGGGCAGUGUUUUCUAGCAGUAGUUUUCAGUGCUAAUUCUUCAUUUGUCUGAAGUGCCUUUCUAUAGGUGUGCGAUAGGGAUCACUGAAAGCACUUAAUUGCAGGGGACAAAGCAGACACGAGUGUAGCUGAAAAGAUCAGACUACUGAAAUGUCUUCCCAAAGUUUCACUUCUGAGCUAAUCAGUGUGCUUCUUUGUGAGCACAAUUUUUUGUAUGCAUGCAAUGUGAGGUGCGCUUAAGUGUUUUUAAAACUUGACCCCACAGCACUGCCUCACUUCUUCCAGCUUGUAUGAUUGUAUUUUCUUAAUGGAUUGGUGCUUUAAAUCCAUUUCAGAGGACCGGAGAAAAAAACAUUCAGUAAUUUAGAGAGUGAUAAUAAACCAUUAAAACAUAAAGGAAGGGAUAAUAACAACAGCAAGAUAAAGGCAAGGAGCUGCUCUCUGCUGGAUGCUGCUGUUCUUUGACUUUUUAGAAGUGAUUGCAGCUCCUUAUCUCUUCAAUUUGUAAAUAAAAAGCUGAAAUGUCUCUGAACAGCUGCAGACUUAGAAAGCAAGAAGCAACAACUCCUCUGCCCCUAAGUCCUGUAUUUUGAUUUCUUCUGUAGAAUUGCCCCUCUGCUUCUAGCAGUAAGUUGAAGUGGUGCGUUGGUGGAAGGUUAUGAGUAAUUGUGUGUAUUGUUGCUUUCUCUUAACAGAGGCCAGAUUCAAGUGUUUGACAAAUAGAAGGUGCACCUUCAUUUUUGUGUGGUUGCUUUGCUAAUUUCAUCAUGUCUCAUAUCACCAGUGGAAGUGUCAGUUUGUACUUAAACAUCACUUGUGUUCUUCCUAUACAUCGUUCCUUACAUUUUCCCUAUACGUUUCAUUUCUCAGCUGUAAGAAGUCUGUUUCCUUGGUCUACAUCAAAGCUGUAGUGAUCUUUCUGACUAAAAAGUGGCUGUGAGCAUGUUUGGUAAUAUGAGGAGAUACACAGAAUACUUACAGCAAACACAGUCCACGUAACACAGAAAUGAGGUGAAGUUUAACUUAAAUUUUGGAAAAAAUGAUUACCGAGCUCAGGUGGAUCAACAGCACUGUUGUAUAUAACUGGACUACUUCCCUUCCUUUUUGGACAUGUGGAUAUGUCUCUGGAUUCUUGAUAAGAGGGAAGUUCCUUUCUGUUUGCUCCAGAGCUUGAUCUGUUCUGACCUAGAGGUGCCAGUGCAAACUCCCUUGACUUGUUUUGGAUGCCAGUAGGUGCCUGAAGAACAAGACUGAGGUUUGUGUGGAUCCAGCAGGUCCUGUGAAAUAAUGGCUUUAUCAUUAUUUUUAAAUAUGCAUAACGUCCAGAUGAUUGAAUAAUGAUACAAACAAAACAGGUAAUUUGAUUAGGAAUAUCAGUUGAAAUUGCCUAAAAUUUGCCGUUCUUUGCAGAGCUGAAGUUCACUUUGUGAUAUUUCAGUUUCAGUAAGACGCUGAAAGAGCCUUCAUUUCUAAGACUGUUGUAAACAUUGCUGCUAAUAAAAUUUUCCAGAAGAGACU